CACCCCUAAAGUUUUCACUUUACUCAAAUCAACCCUCCAAAAACAUAGUACUUCACAUUUUACCAUUUCCCUCCUAAUAAAAUCUUAUAUACCACAACGAGAGCGUACCUUUUUUACCUGAUCUCUUCCAUAGUGUCGCAAAGCGAGCGCCUCCCUCCUUUCGCCGUUCUCCUCCUCCUCCUUCGCUAAUCUCCACCGCCGACGACCACCAGGCCAAACGAUGUUCCGUCAGGCGAGCCGUCUUCUGUCCCGAUCGAUCGCUCACCAACAGCCCACCAAGACGAAGGUCGCCGCUCGCGCUUUCUCCACCGAUGUCUCGGCCACGCCAACGGAGGAUUCGCCUUUCGCCCAAUCCUGGAAGAAGGUGAUCCCCCAUAUUGAUGCACCCAAGACUCCGUCCUCGUACAUGAAGCCUCGCCCGCCCACGGCCUCCGCCAUUCCGACUAAGCUGACCGUCAACUUCGUCCUUCCCUACGCUUCCCAGCUCUCGGAGAAAGAGGUUGACAUGAUCAUCGUUCCAGCAACGACGGGGCAAAUGGGUGUCUUGCCUGGCCAUGUCCCCACCAUUGCGGAGCUAAAACCUGGGGUUAUGACCGUGCACGAAGGCACCGAUGUUUCGAAGUACUUCGUCAGCAGCGGGUUUGCAUUCAUCCAUGCGAACUCAGUUGCUGAUGUGAUUGCAGUCGAGGCUGUACCUGUUGAUCACCUUGACUCGAACUUGGUCCAGAAGGGGUUAGCAGAGUUCACUCAGAAGCUUGGUUCUGCUUCAACUGACCUGGAGAAAGCCGAGGCGCAGAUUGGAGUGGAUGUCUACAGUGCGAUGAACUCGGCUCUCACGGGUUAAUGGGCUCCGAACCCCAUAAGCAUGCUCUGUUUCUCAUUCCGUUUCUUUUUGUUUCCCCAUUAUGGUAUCAACAUUGCCUUACUGUUUGAUGUCUCUUCGUUAGCGACGAGAACGAAAAUCAUGUUUUGAGAUGGUUUCCAGAGUCUAAAUAAAAGGAGUAUAAAAGACCACCUUUGAGAUGCUGGAAACUUGGGAAUGUUCCAUCUCAUUUUUAUUUUGCAUCUGGCCCAUCAUAUAUUACAAACUUAGUUUCGUUAUCACCCAUGUUUUUAUUUUGUGUUUUAUUGUCCUCGAUUCAUAGCCAAUUGCUCUUUUCCUUGUGUUCAUCAUUCUG